UCUUCUCUCCGCAUGCUCUGCUUACGGCUAGAAAAUGAGGAUUCGGCGCCAAGGACGGAGCUUGUGGAGCAGCCGGCUGCCGCUUUGGAGUCCGGGAGGCCCCGGUGCAGGUCGCAGACUGGGCCGCCUGCACAGGAUCUGAAGGAAGAAGGUGGCACUUCGGAGGACCGGAAAGUAACUGAAUUGAAGGACAAGCAGCCUGACCAAAUCCCUUCCCCCAAAGAGGAGUCUGUUUUUCGGAUGACCAAAUACCACAUACCUCAAGGAGCAGGGGAUAUAGUCAUGAUUCAGUCGGAUCACACGGGUGCUGUGGAUAUCCUGUCAGCUGAGCUGGAGACUGCAGACCUCCUCGGGGAGCAGAGGAAAGCUCAGCCUCCUCCUCUGGCUCCACCCACGACGUGGACCACUGAGAAGAUGAAGGAAUUCAAAGCCAGGUUGGGAAAGGAGAAGAAUGGCCGCAUGGUGGUGAAGCGAGGUGAGGUGGUGACAGUCCGUGUGCCAACCCAUCCGGAUGGGAAACGUGUCUGCUGGGAGUUUGCCACAGAUGACUACGACAUUGGAUUUGGAGUCUACUUUGACUGGACUGCAGUGACUAGCACUGCCAUUACCGUGCAGGUCAGCGAAUCCAGUGAUGAGGAGGAUGAGGAUGAGGAUGAGGAAAUUGAAGGACUUGCCCCUGUUGGGGAUGUGGAAAGGGGCUCCAAGAGCUGCCCGCGGAGCCGCUACGGGGAGAUCAUGCCCGUGUAUCGGAGAGACAGCCACCGGGAGGUGCAGGCGGGCAGCCACGACUACCCCGGCGAAGGCAUCUACCUCCUCAAAUUCGAUAACUCCUACUCACUGCUCCGCAACAAGACUCUGUUCUUUCACGUCUACUACACCAGCUGAAGGGACGGAGGGGCAGGGACAGCAGGCAAGUAACGGUGAGUGGAGCAGGCUGCCAGCCAGCCCUGGGACUCCCUGGUGGGCACUGCUGCGUUACAGAGUCAGGGCACGACUCUGCCAGCUCUUCUUCAGAUACGGACUGGCUUUUCCCCCAACCCUCCUUCCCAGCUGACCCGGUGAAGAAGGUAGUUGUGACUGCCUGACUGUCCACAGGCAGCUGCUCUUUCGGUAAAACGUCAGGAGACCUGGUCUGAAGAGACCUCAGCCUGGGGCUUCUUGUCACAGCCAGGAUAUGUCCAGAGGCCAGGUUCAGCUGGUUGUAGCUUCUUUCUGUUGCACUGGUACGAAAUGAAGUCAAAAUGUUCCUUGAUUUGUUACAGUUUUGUAAAUAACUUUUCAGACUCUUCUGCUGCAUCUGUGUCACUAGAGGGAGGCUGUUGGCUGAAAUGAUGUGACUGGAUGGUUGGUCACCUACCCACUGAUCGUGUCAUCACUUACCACCACUCCGUGUCACCACCAGCCAGUGCUUCCUUCAUUCACUUACUGGUGUGGGACAGCCUCUGUUGGCAGCGGCCAGAUUGUGCUACAGCAGCAAGGGCCCCAGUGAUGCAGUGACCGUGUGUUUGUAUGGAGUGUGUGGUUGGGAGGCUGUACCUUGGGGUCUACAGGAAAGCCUUUGAAUGGACUGAGAGCUGGAUAUUGCAUCCAGUGAUUACAGGGAUAUGUAGCUGAUUAUAACUCCAGUGACCACCAUGAUUAUGGGAUAUGUAACUGAUUAAAACUCCAGUGACCACCAAGAGGUUUUUUUGUAAUACAGCUGUGAAGUGGAAGAAAAAAGCUUACUACAAUGCUGGAUAAAUAUGAAACCAGCAAGCACAUUGGGAUACAACCAAUAAAUACAUAACAGAUGCUUCUUAGUAGCAGCAUGUUCGUUCACUGGUAUUGCUGCUGGAUGGAUAAUAUAGUUUAUAGUAAGGAAAAUGUUCCCCGAGGCAGCUUGUCAGCUGCUAUUGCUGUUACAAGGUACUGUUACAAAAGAACAUCUGCUCAGAAGCUCAAAAGGUGUGAGAUUUAACUAGUCUUUUCUAUAAGCUAGAAUCGACAAAGCCAUUACCAGCCCUCACCGUGUGGUAAAGGAUGGUUUUGAUUGCCAGCAAUGGCAUUAGCAAUCACUUUCUGCUGAAGUGUUGGCAGAGUUGAUCAAGGAUUAACUUAAUCCUUCAGAGAUGAGUU